CCCCCGGCGGGCUGGGCCCCGGGUCGCCUCCAUGGGAUUCGGUGCUGGGCUGAAGCUGCGCCCAGUCCCGGCGCCGCGCUUGGCCGCGGAGGAGGCGGACCCGCCCGGGCUGCGGCGGCGCUGCGCCAGCCGAGGGGAGGCCGAGCCUGCCAAGCUGGCGCCCGGCGGGGCCAUGGUGGCCGGCGCCCGCGGCGGCUGCGCGCUGGCGGGGGUUGCCCAGCGUGGCCUCCUGGCCCUGCUGCUGGUGGUUUCCGCCCCGCUCCGGCUGCGGGCGGAGGAGCUGGGUGAUGGCUGUGGGCACAUAGUGACCUAUAAGGACAGUGGCACCAUGACAUCUAAGAAUUAUCCAGGGACUUACCCCAAUCACACUGUUUGUGAAAAGACGAUCACAGUACCGAAGGGGAAGAGAUUGAUUCUGAGGUUAGGGGAUUUGGAUAUUGAGUCCCAGACCUGUGCUUCUGACUAUCUUCUCUUCACCAGCAAUUCUGAUCAGUAUGGACCAUAUUGUGGAAGUAUGAAUGUUCCCAAAGAACUCUUGCUGAACACAAGUGAAGUAACUGUUCGCUUUCAAAGUGGAUCCCACAUUUCUGGACGGGGUUUUUUGCUGACCUAUGCCAGCAGCGACCAUCCAGAUUUAAUAACGUGCUUGGAACGAGCUAACCAUUAUUUGAUGACAGAAUACAGCAAAUUCUGCCCAGCUGGUUGUAAAGACAUAGCAGGAGACAUUUCUGGGAAUGUGGUGGAUGGAUAUAGAGAUACCUCUUUAUUGUGCAAAGCCGCCAUCCAUGCAGGAAUAAUUGCAGAUGAAUUGGGUGGUCAGAUCAACGUUCUUCAGCGCAAAGGGAUAAGUCGAUAUGAAGGAGUCCUGGCCAAUGGUGUACUCUCAAGGGAUGGUUCCCUGUCAGAGAAACGAUUUCUGUUUACGUCCAAUGGUUGCAGCAGAUCCUUGAGUUUGGACUCUGACAGUCAAAUCACAGCUUCUUCUUCUUGGAAGUGGGUCAGUGAGAUUGGAGAGCAAAUUCUUUGGUCUCCUGGCCAAGCCCGACUUCAGAACCAGGGUCCAUCAUGGGCGUCAGGGGACAGCAGCAAGAACCACAGACAACGAGAGUGGCUGGAGAUAGAUUUGGGAGAAAAAAAGAAAAUAACAGGAAUUAGGACCACGGGAUCCACACAGUCAAAUUUCAACUUUUAUGUUAAGAGUUUUGUGAUGAACUUCAAAAACAACAACUCCAAGUGGAGGACCUAUAAGGGAAUUGGGAAUAAUGAAGAAAAGGUGUUUCAGGGCAACUUUAAUUUUCGGGAUCCAGUGAGGAACAAUUUCAUCCCUCCUAUUGUGGCCCGAUAUGUGCGGGUUGUCCCCAAGAAGUGGCACCAAAGGAUAGCCUUAAAAGUGGAGCUCAUUGGUUGCCAGAUUACACAAGGUAAUGAUUCAUUGGUGUGGCGCAAAACAAGUCCAAAUUCGGUUGAUUCAACUAAAAGAGAAGAUGAGGCAAUCACAAAAAUCAUCCCCUCUGAAGAAAUGCCCGCAAGAAUAAACGUCACAAUGGUUGCUGUGCCACUGGUGCUAGGACUCCUGGUGCUGCUGACUGCUGGAAUGGGAAUCUUUGCAGCCUUUAGAAAGAGGAAGAAGAAAGGACAUACUAAUGGAUCUGCUAAAGCUCAGAAAACAGACUGUUGGAAGCAGAUUAAAUAUCCCUUUGCCAGACAUCAGUCUGCUGAGUUUACCAUCAGCUAUGAUAAUGAAAAAGAGAUGACACAAAAGUUAGAUCUCAUCACAAGUGACAUGGUGGAUUACCAGCAGCCUCUCAUGAUUGGCACCGGGACAGUCACGAGGAAGGGCUCCACCUUCCGGCCCAUGGACACCGAGGCGGCGGACGAGGCAGGGGCGAGCGCCGAGGCCUGCCGCCACUACGAUUGCCCGCUCGCCACCGGCCGCCACGAGUACGCGCUGCCCUUGACCAACUCCGAGCCCGAGUACGCCACGCCCAUUGUGGAGCGGCACCUGGCCCGCGCACACACCUUCUCGGCGCAGAGCGGCUACCGGGUGCCGGCGUCCCAGCAGGCGCACAAGCACUCCCUGUCUUCCGGCAGCUUCUUCCCAGCUGCAGCGGCAGCUGGGGCCACCGGCGCCGGCUACCCAAAGCCCCAGAGCCCCGCGCCCUCUGACCCAGGCUACGAUCAGCCCAAAGCCGGGGGCUGCUUAAGCGCAGAGCCGGACUAUCAGAAGCCCCAGCGGAAUGAUGCUUACUCAGCCCCCAGAGACUGCCUCAAACCCCUCAACCAGACAGCCGUGACUGCUCUUCUGUGAACACAAUGUGAAAGAAACCUGCUGUGGUACUGAGCGUCUGGCUGUGUGCUGCGGCUCUGGAAGAAGAGAGAUGGGUUCGUGAGUGUGUGUGUGUGUGUGUGUGUGUGUGUGUGUGUGUGUGUGAGUGAGAGAGAGAGAGAGAGAGAGAGAGAGAGAGAGAGAGAGAGAGAGAGAGAGACUUAAUAGGAUCCUGCGGUGGAAUACACGAGACCACCUCUCAUACUGUUUACAAAGUUGUGCAGCUGUUUUUGUUCUGACCCUUAAGGCAAGAGUGUUGGUUUUUGUUGGGCUAGAAAAAUGAAAAAUUUGUAGAUGGCAUUUUCAUUUCUCUAACUGUGAUAUUGAGCUGCUUUGGUAUAAAAUGUGCAAUCUGUACAGUUAUAUUUAACAAGAAUUAAAGUAACUUAAGUUUGCUUUAUCAGAUUUUAGUUCUGCCCAGAGGUUAAGUGGGAGAAUGCAGGUGUUGCAAAAAAGAAAAAAGAAAAAAAAAGUAUGUAAUAGUAUGUUCACUUUUUAAAUAUAUUUUAUCUGAUACUGUGUUAGCAGCAGGUCUGUUUAAACUUAAUCUUGUUAUUGUGGCUCAUUUCCUUUCCUUUUUAAUAACUAGAACUAAAAGCAUUAACAUUCUUCUCCUGGAAGGAGUGAAAUUACUUGAAGCAUGAAAAGCACACCAGGGUGGUUGUUAGCAAUUUUGAUUGUAGAUUUAAAACACACACACACAGACAACCACCUCAGCAACUGCCUGUUCCUUAGACUCCGCUUCAGAUGGAGACAUGUAGUUGGGGGUCUGGGCCUGCGUAGAGAGGAGGUCUCUGGCCUGCAGGGGACCUCAUUGCCCGAGGGAUCCUGAGGGACCUGGAUCCCUGAGGAACUGGCUGUCAUCACACUUCGCUUCUUCCUCACCUCAGACCUGGCAGAUACUGUAUGGCUUUCACAUGCAAAUCAACCUUGUCAAACUACCUGCAAAGCCAAAUGCCAAGACUUAACAGCAACCAAAACUGCUCUGCCAACAAACUGAAUGAAGGGGGCACAGCAAUUACAGUCUGAAUUGCUGUGUCACGUGCUUUUGUACCUCAGAUUAAAAAUACUGUUGAGGUCAGACGCGCACACUUUUCAUGACUUUCUUUAGCAAUAGCACACUGUAGUCUGAAACAAAAAAAUUUAUUUGAAUUGUAUUCUUCUGAAAGUGACCGGGGCCAAAUCUACAUAGAGCUUUUCUACUGAGAUUGUUGGGAACUGUUUUUAUAAGGAACACUUUCCCCUCAAGUAUGUGUCCAUAAUUCCAGAUUAGCCCAGACCUCAGCUGUACCUCAUGUUCAGUGGUUUUCUAUGAGUUUGCUUUGUAAGUUCACUGUGGGGGAUUUAACCUCUUUUGCCAAAGAGGAAAAUGUGUGAUUGUUACUUUGUUUUAAUAGAAAAUGUGGACCAAGAAAAAAAAACCAUUUCCCUAAAAAAAAAAAAACAAAAAAAAAAGUAUUAUAAUCCUAUUUGUAUGACAAUGACUUUCUGUGAACCGUAUAAAUAUUAAAAUAGAGUGGUGGAAGGUCGUGGCCGAUUAUCUGUUGCUUUUUGUGGAGGAUAAACUGUUUACUUUGUGGUGUUUACAUGGUUUUAUAUGCAUACUAAUGUAAUAAAGGAUGCCAAGUCAA